AUGGCUGCACCUCUGACGGUAGAGGACCAGGCGCGCUACACCGAUAUCAUCGAUGGCAUUCUAGCUACUGCCGACCUGGAGACCGUCACCCGCAAGAAGAUCCGCAUGGGCCUUGAAACUGCUUUGGGAGGGAAGGACCUGAGCAAGCAGAAGACCGCAAUCAAGGCUCUCAUCGAAGAGCGGUUUGACGCGGUAUCUACAACCGCUCCACCAUCCUCGUCUACAGUUGUGAAGCAGGAAGCAACGUCCAGCCACUCGACCCCGAAGGGGCAAGCCAACGAAGACCACAACGAUGACGUGAAGGACGAGGCAGAUGGUGACGAGAUCAAGGUCUCAGUACAGCCACAGAAGAAGAAGCCGCGAAAAGAGAAGGGUACAGGUACAGAAGAUGCUGAUGCCAAGCUGGCAGCUCUCCUUCAGGCAGAAGAAAACCAGAGAACACGUGCAACGCGAGGAGGGGGCGCCAAAGCUGCGCCGAAAAAGAAGAAGGCUGCGCCCCGCAAGAAGAGCGAGAAGAGAGUUCGGCCAGAGGAUGACAGUGAUCUAGAAGAGACCGAUGGAUCGAGCCCCAAGAAGCGCAAGGCUGGCAGAGGCUUUCAGAAGCCCUUCAACCUGAGUUACCAGCUAGCAGAGCUCUGCGGUGAGCCCCAGCUCUCUCGUCCCCAGGUGGUCAAACGGCUGUGGGCUCACAUCAAGGGCAAUGACCUUCAAGAUCCCAGCGACAAGCGACAGAUCCGAUGUGAUGACGCAAUGCAGGCCGUCUUCAAGAUCGCCAGGGUCGACAUGUUCCAGAUGAACAAGCUGGUGGGCGAUCACCUAUACCCCGUCGAGGAAGAGCAAUAG